AUGGACGCCUCAACCGAGAUUGUUUGGACAAAGGUCCAACCUCAUCUAAAAUGGAAAGUGCUUGCUAAGCAGAAGCGAUUCUUGAUGUGGGCGUUAUACAGUUCCAUUGGCUCUAUGAUGCUCGGUUUCGAUUUCGGCGUCGCCGGGACUUGCACAGCUUUUCCCGCAUUCCAAAAACAAUUUGGCGAAGUAUAUCCUUCGCAGGCAUCUGGCUACCUCAUUCCCGCUCGUUGGCAAUCUGGCUGGGCGGGAGCCUCCUCCGCUGGCAGCAUUGUCGGCGAGAUCUCAGUCAGUUACAUGCUCGAUACUAUCGGGCGAAAACAUACAAUCGCGGUUGGGUCACUUUUCACAGCUAUCGGGAUUGGUAUGCAGAUUGCUAGCACUGAGUGGAAGCUCUUCCUCGCUGGUAGAUUCAUCAAUGAACCACCUCGCACUACAAAGGGUCAACCAUUAAUUGGAGCAGUGAUACUGAUUGUAAUCUACCCAUGGUAUCCCGAAUCUCCUUACUUCUUGAUCAAAAAGGGACGCAUGGAACAAGCAAGGAAGUCGCUCAACAAGAUUCACGGAAGUGAAGACCAGACCCUCAUUGAAGCUGAGCUUGCGAGAAUCACCGAUGUCGUUCAGUUCAGUGACGCUAUUCAAGAAGCUGCCGCCGCAAAAGGAUCUUUGCUUGCGCAGUGUUUCCAGGGACCUAAUCUUAAACGGACACUUAUUGCAACACUACCGGCGGCUGGUCAACAACUUAUUGGUGCGGCUUUUGUUCUUGGAUAUGUUACAUAUUUCUUAUCUCUCAUUGGGGUGAAGGAGUACUUCACCGUUUCAGUUGUGCUCUAUGUGGUCAUGCUCCUCAGCAACUUCACUGCAUUUGUUGCAAUCGAGAAAGCGGGACGACGAGCCCUGCUCGUUCCAGGAAUAAUCGCUCUUACUCUGAUCCUGCUUGUCAUGGGGAUCUGCGGUUGCUUUACCACAUCUCCAGCACUGUGGAUCAUCAUUGUUUGCAUCUUUUUAUGGGCCAUUGCAUAUCAACUCACUAUCGGUGCCGUCGGCUUUGCAAUCGGAGCAGAAGUAUCUUCGCCACCACUCAGAUCAAAAGUCCAGGGACUCGUCGGUGUCACGCAAGGUGUCGUUGGAUGGGUCGUUGGCUUUGUCAGCCCCUAUAUGAUAAAUCCCGAUGCUGGUGCCUUGGGUGGCAAGGUGGGAUUCGUCUUCACAGGCCUUGGUGUCCCACUCUGCAUUCUGUUUUACUUCUUGAUGCCGGAAACCAAAGGCUUAAGUUUUGAAGAGGCAUGUAGCGUCCUCCAACAAUAA